GCGGGCAGUUCAAACCGAAGGAGGGAAACGCGGCGGCCCCACGCGAACGUGGCGUGGGGGUUGCCAUAGCCGGGCAUCCCUGGGGGCGAGGCGGCGGCUUCUGCCCGGCGCUCCCAGCGGCGGCUGCCUGUCUCCCCUCCCGCCUGGCCCCUCGGCCCGGUCGGUGCGGGUGCGUCUCGGUCUCCAGAAACAGAUUUGAAGAUGUCAGAGAGACGUUCAAGUCAAGCUUGCCGUGGAGCCGGAAAUGAGGUGGACCGUCCUGCUGUCAAUUUCGAACACUCCAGCUUCAGAGACUUUUGCUCCACAUCUUCAUUUCAAGAUAGUGGCUACAAUGAGCUGUUACAACCUUGCAACUUUGAUAAUACAGAUGAAGAAUUUUUUGGAGAGAAAGAAAAAGGCCCAACAUUAAUCCAUGAACAUCCUGAAAUUUCAAAUCUGGGCUUAACUCAUACUUUAGAAUCUCCAACUCAAAAAAAGAGAUUUUUCUUUUCUAGGAAGGAGAAUGAUAAAACUCCAGAACUUUGUGAAACCCCUAAAGUCAGUGGAAAAAAAUGUUUACUGCGUAGAAGGUUGGACAUAUCUUUCUCUCUCCUAAAGGGGGACUUUGAAUCACAAAGUAGUUCUUUAGAAAGUAGUAUAAACCAAGUUCUCAACUUAGAAAAAAAUAUUCCAGGCAGUGCUUCAAGUUUUCCAAGACAAACCAGUUUUAGUCCUUUAGUUACUAGUUCUUUGAAAACAGAAGAAGCAACUUCCAGCAGUCAAAAAUUGAGACUUAAUUUUUCUCAACAGAAGACUUCCACAGUUGAUGAUUCCAAAGAUGACUGUAGCCUAUUUGAGGUUGAAUGUAUAUCUCCGAUUCAGGGUAAUAGUUUUAAAGACUCUAUCACACAUGACCUUAGUGAUAGCAGUCUAUUUGUUAAUGAUGAGAAUAUAUAUCCCAAACUUCUGGGCUCUUCUGCUAGUGGAACAUCUUAUGGAACAAACAAAAACUUAUGUGUGACUCCAGUAAGUAGUCUUGUAGCAAACAUUAAAUUUAAUGCAAGUCAAAGGCUCUCUCCUACAGCUGAAGUGAAGGGCAAUAUUUCAACACCUGAAGACAGUGGUUUUAACUCACUUUGUUUGGAUAAAUCAGAAGAUUCCCUCUCUGACCAGGAGGGUUCUUUUCGAGAACUUUGGAAACAAAAGGGAACAGUCAAAGUAGAGGACACCAUAAAAAAGUCAAGGCAUCUUCGAAGGCUGAGAAGAUUGUCCACACUUCAGGAACAAAGCUCACAAUCUGAGACAGAGAGGGACUCUGACUUGGAAGCAACACCAGCAGCUGCUUCAGACACCUCGGAGAAUCAGCUGAGCAGUUACAAUGAGAUUUUAAGCUUUAAGAAUUUAUCAAAGACCCCAGCCUUGCAGUUAGUGCAUGAGCUCUUCAUGAGAAACAAAAGAAAAAGAUUCCAGCAAACUGGUGCUCAUGAAUGGUUAGAAGAGAAGGAUGGGGGGCAAAUAGCCAUACUACAGUGUGUCCUCGCAGGACUGAUUGGCAAGAAAAUGGGUAUAGAAAAACUGGACAUCUUAACAGAAUUAAAAUAUAGAAAUUUAAAACAUAUUCUUGCUAUGGUUUUAGGUUCCUUGACUGCAGAAAACCUAUGCAGUGUUUGGAAAGUGAGCAGAAAUUGGCGUGAAAUUAUUGUUCAAGAUAAAAAAGCAAAUCGGAGGAGGAAAUUCUAUAUCUCACAACUGAAAGCAGAUUCUGAGUGUUUCUCUGUACAGAUCCCCGAUUCAUCUUCUAUUAUCCACCAGAACUGGAAAUCUCCUCUGUGUAAGUCCAGACAAAUCAGGUAUUCUUCCUGUUCCUUCCUCUCCCUAGAGACAUCCUUCCUGGUGCACUUUGCCACCCUAUUCUGAUAUGGACCGGUUGCUUUCCCCGUGAACUAUCUUAAUGUGUAUCAUUGACCCAAAUAGAAACAUUACAAGACAAACUUGUUUGAUGGUUUUCCUCAUACUUGUAUAAUGUCUCUGAAAUCUCCUUACGUAUAAAAGUUAGAAGGCAAACACCAGCUACGUGUCAUAGGAUCUCAAUUUCAUCUAUUUGCUUUGCAGCCGUGAGAAUGAGUGUUAAAAUUGGGAUACGCCUUUUCCAUCGAAUUUCUUAAUUUACUGUAUUCCUCACUAUUUUCUUAUAACCAUGGAAAUGAACAACCAUACAGGGACUCCACUCUCACAUUUAAAUAUCUUCCUGUAACAUGAUGUGACCAUCUUUGAAAAAUUUCGACCCUCACGAAUAUGUGCCUUGGUUGACUGCUUUGCCUCCUUUGCUCAGAGAUGGAAGCACACGUUUUAAACUCUAGGAGGCCUGGGUUUAGACUGUUUUAUUCACUUGGCACCUUUAGGAGUUCUAUAAAUAUUUGUUAAAUAAAUGAAUAUUUAUUCUGUAGCUGAAAUGUGUUUCAACAAUGUAUCUCUAUUCAUUUUGUUGGUUCAUACACAAUCACUGUGUUUACCAACCACAUCGAAAUCCAUCAAAAUUUUGGUAUGCUAUUGUGUCGUGUUCUUGUGUCCUAGGCUGCAAGUUAUUUAUACAAAUGUCCUAUAAAGAAAUGUAUUGAGUCCUUGAAAAAGUUCAUUUGUAUUCAUUCUAGUUUUAGAAAACCAAUAUUCAUCCAUUACACUUAUGCCUAUGUUGUUUUAACUGUUAAUCACAGAAUUUUUCACGACCAGCUAAUCUUAUUUCCUAUAUUUAUCAUUCUAUAAUUUCUCUUAUUUUCUCUCUCCUUACUUUUAGGAGCCAGUUGUGGCAAAGGGAAACUAUCAAGGGAGAGGAAGCACAGUUUUAGGUAGACACAUGAGGAAAUUCACUCUCAAUACAUUUUAUUUUGCUAAAUGUUCAAGAA